AAAAGCCCCUCGAUAAAUUCAUUGCUUUUAUAAUUGAAAUAUUAAUAAAUUUGUGGAAUUGAAAUCAACAAAAAUCAUAGCCAGCUAUGGCACACAACCAAAAACUUAUCUUGGAAUUAUUAAAGAUUGAAGAAAAUAACGAAUGUGCUGAUUGUGGACGAAAAGGAGUCGAAUAUAUAUCAUAUAAUAUCGGGAUAUUUGUUUGUAAUGAAACUUGCUCACAAAUUCAUCGAUCACUUGGAACGCAUAUAUCAAAAAUAAAGCACAUAUAUUUGGACUAUUUCGAAGACUCACAAAUAUGUAAUUUAAUGAACAUUGGCAACAGAAGAUCAAAAUUGGAGUAUGAAAAACGAAUACCUGCAUGCUACAGAGUGCCACGAUAUAAUGAUCCACCGAUACUACUGGAACAAUUCAUACGAGCUAAAUAUGAAAGAAAGGAAUUUUCGGGAACGGUUUUACCAGCAUACAUGUCAGGAAAGGUUGAAAUAUUUCUAAUGAAGAAAGGCAAAGAGGAUAACAGGUAUUUCCCACGUAAAUUUGUACUAAAUGAGGCAGAUGAUACACUAAGAUAUUAUGUUAAAGAGGAUAGAAAUCCAAAAGCAAUUCUGCGAGUUUCAGAAUUAAAUGUUGUUUUUGCAACACAAUUUAAAAAGAGUUUGGUACAUAAGAAUACCUUACAAAUAUCAUACUUGUCACCAACAAAUUCCACUCGAAAUCUUUUCGUCUAUCACGAAGAUGCAGAAAUAAUUGUUAAUUUUUACCAUAGUAUUCGAUGCAGUAAAUUAAACUACCUUCAAAUUGCAUUUCCUCAUGCUCAUGAGUCAGAUUUAGUAGAUAUACUCACACGUGACUUCGCCAAAGAAGGAUAUUUGUUAAAGACUGGUCCAAAGCCAGAAGAUAAAUACAGGAGACGUUGGUUUACUCUCGAUAAUCGUAAAUUAAUGUAUUCGAUUGAUCCACUUGACAGUUACGCAAAAGGAGAAAUAUUCAUUGGCUAUAAAAUGGAUGGAUAUAGCGUUAGGCCAGGCGUAGCUGAACAUUAUAGAGAUGAAGGAUUUUCCUUUAGUCUGUUCACACCCGAAAGAAUUUAUACACUAUCGGCGACUUCAAGUCACGAACGUGAUGACUGGAUGAAUGAAAUCCAAAAAGUCAUCGAACGACAUUUAUCUCCUAGCGAUAUAUCCUUAUGCUCACGACUCAUACGUAAGCGAAAUACUAUGAACUUUCUACCUGGAAGAUAAUAACAAUCUCAGACAUAAAUAACAUAGUUAAAUAAGUUAAAUUAAGUUAAUCUAGCUCAAAUUAAACAGAACCUAAUUGCAAUAUCAUUUAUAUACUGUUUUAUAAAUGAAGAAGAUUAAAUGGAAGUCUCAUAGACAUUAGUAAAAACAUAUCACAGAUAUAUAUUACAAGAAGGGUGAAGCAGAGCUCGCCACUGCUACCUAAAUACUUUAAAUUGAAGUAAUCGUAUUGUUUAAUUUUACAACAUACAUCCUACAAUUAAUAGACAAGAAAGAUAAUAAAAUCACUGCCAAUAUAGAUUUACCAAAUAGAAUAUAAUUAUGACUUAGGAUGAAUAAUGUGCAUUUUAAUGACCAUACUGAAUCAUUACUUUAUAAAAUAUCGAAUUAUUAGCAAUAUUUUUAUUAUUUUCAUGGAAUUAG